GUGUACAUAAUGUGUUUCAGAAAUUAAACCAAAUUUCGCCUCUGACUCAAAAAUAAAUAGGAAAACAAAGCCUAGACGUCCUCUAUAAACAAGGGCUCGGCAAUUCUCAUUGACGAUCAGUCCGCCUGCGUCAAAGUAGCUAGGGGCUUGAUUGCUGGGGGUAACUGAAGCUGUGGUUACCAUGGCGGCACACUUUGACACAGAGUACCAGCGCCUAGAGGCUUCAUACAGCGACUCUCCACCAGGAGAGGAGAACCUACUGGAGCACGUACCUGACGGAAACAAGUCCCCAUGGCACCACAUAGAGAACCUGGACCUGUUCUUCCAGAGGGUCUAUAACCUGCACCAGAAGAAUGGCUUCACCUGUAUGCUGCUGGGAGAGGUCUUUGAGCUGGUCCAGUUGCUGUUUGUGGUAGGAUUCACAGUCUUCUUGGCUAACUGUGUGGACUAUGACAUUCUGUUUGCUAACAAGUUUGUCAACCACACCGACUCCUCCAAAGUCACACUGCCUGACGCCUUCCUGCCUGUGGACGUCUGCAGCUCAAGUAUCCGUGACAACGUGACAGUGAUGUUUGUAUUGAUGAUAUCUGGAGUGUUCUGGCUGCAUCGCCUCAUCAAGUUCAUCUACAACAUCUGCUGCUACUGGGAGAUACGCUCCUUCUACACCAACGCACUCAAGAUGAGCAUGGCAGAGCUGCCAUACUUCACAUGGCAGGAGGUUCAGGCCCGGAUCGUUGAGAUCCAGAAGGAACACCAGAUCUGUAUCCACAAGAAAGAACUCACAGAACUGGACAUAUACCACCGUAUCCUGCGCUUCAAAAACUACAUGGUUGCCAUGGUAAAUAAGUCCCUCCUUCCUGUGCGUUUCCGCCCUCCGCUACUCGGGGAGAGUGUGUUUUACACCCGCGGCCUCAAGUACAACUUUGAACUCAUCCUCUUCUGGGGGCCAGGAUCUCUGUUUGAGAGUGAGUGGAGUUUGAAGCCGCAGUAUAAGAGAGGUGGUAACAGGUUGGAGCUGGCAGACAAACUGGCAUCACGUAUACUGUGGAUCGGCAUCGCCAACCUCUUACUCUGUCCUGUCGUACUGGUCUGGCAAAUACUGUAUGCCUUCUUCAGCUAUACAGAGGUGAUAAAGCGUGAGCCAGGUAGUUUGGGAGCGAGGUGUUGGUCUCUGUAUGGUCGAUGUUACCUUCGCCACUUCAAUGAGCUGGACCAUGAACUGAUGUCACGGCUCAGCAAGGGCUACAAAGCGUCCUCCAGGUAUAUGAACUGCUUCCUGUCCUCAUUGCUGACGGUGGUGGCUAAGAACGUGGCGUUUUUUGCUGGCUCCCUAUUGGCUGUCCUCAUUGCUCUGACCAUCUACGACGAAGACGUCCUCGCCGUGGAACACGUCCUGUCGUCCAUCACCCUGCUGGGAGUGUGUAUCACUGUCUGCAGGUCUUUUAUCCCAGACAAACACCUGGUCUACUGUCCAGAGCAGCUGCUCAGGUUGAUCCUGGCUCACAUCCACUACAUGCCAGACCACUGGCAGGGCAACGCCCAUCGCUACGAGACACGAGACCAGUUCUCACAGCUCUUCCAGUACAAGGCUGUGUUUAUCCUAGAGGAGCUGACCAGCCCCCUGGUGACUCCCUUCAUCCUGAUCUUCAGUCUGAGGAGGAAGUCUCUGGAGAUCAUUGACUUCUUCAGGAACUUCACUGUGGAGGUGGUAGGGGUGGGAGACACCUGCUCCUUCGCUCAGAUGGACAUCAGACAGCACGGACACCCCGCGUGGAUGUCUGAGGGGAAGACAGAGGCAUCUAUUUACCAACAGGCGGAGGAUGGGAAGACUGAGCUGUCCCUGAUGCAUUUUGCCAUCACCAACCCCCAGUGGCAGCCCCCCACCGAGACCACUCACUUCAUCAGCCAGCUGAAGGAGAGAGUACAGAGAGAGACUACAGGAGACGGACACACUCUCACCUCACUGUCAGAGGUAGGGAGACAGACACACUCUCACCUCACUGUCAGAGGUAGGGAGACAGACACACUCUCACCUCACUGUCAGAGGUAGGGAGACAGACACACUCUCACCUCACUGUCAGAGGUAGGGAGACAGACACACUCUCACCUCACUGUCAGAGGUAGGGAGACAGACACACUCUCACCUCACUGUCAGAGGUAGGGAGACGGACACAC